CCUAGCCCUCCUGUCUUGCAGCCGCCCCCGCCGUCCUUUCCGCAUCGCAGUCCUUCUCUCCCCCCAGCACGACACUACGAGCCGGACAGCAGUUUCGUGAGACCACCGCCGAUGAGGCCAAGGAUGACGUCACAUCGCGGACAGGCGCCCAGCCGGGGACCGCCGAGGAGGCGGGGAGGGGGAUAUGGACCUCUUCCGCCUGCUGUGAGAGUGCCCGAGAGGCCUCGGCCUGCAUUUCCAUCGAGCCCGCCGCCGGGCGUGGCCCCAUCCGAGCUUCCUGAACCGCAGAACAGCGAGAGGAUGGUGAUUCGGAGGACUUCGGGGUUCGCCGAGGCAGGCAGUAUAUUCUUCUGGUCUGAAUGGCAGAGCAUUAUUGGUGAUGAAGAGCAUUCAUUGAUGACACGAGACACAUACAUGACAGCCACACCUUUCCAUAUGCGCAUUUCCUGUGUGUGUUGUGUGCAGGUUUCAAGAGUUCUCUUGUUAAUGCCCUCUGCAAGGCGCCUGGGAACUGUUUGUCUCUGAGCACACUCGAGGUACUUACACAAGCUUCAGGACAGAUUGAAAGCGAUCCCUUUCCUUAUUCGUGGCCUUAUAUUCCAUAUGUAUGUCUAUGUCUGUCACAACAUAUAUUCAGUCGAGCAUCCCCCGGCAAGAUCGCUGUCUCCCAGACCACUGCAGUUUCAUUCUCACCCACACCGAUGCGUUCCACAUGAGAAACUGGCCCCCACAAACAGUCAGUGAGAAGAGAAAGAUUUGCCUACAUGACAUGUGCCCACAGGUACGAAACACAUGAGAUUUCUCAUCUCUCUCUGUUCAGGGUGGCGAGAAUGCCGUGGAGGUGGUGUUGUGCCACGCGCCCGACGACGAGAAGGCCUAUGCGGUUCUCCCCGGCCUGUCGAAUGCCGAGGCCGAGGAGGCCUGGAUGCACCAAUGCAUCGGAACCAUCGUAAUCACACCUCCAACACUGUAGAAACAGCAGCACAAAGAAGCGCAGUCGACAUUCCUUCCUAUGUGCUAGUGUGAGUUGUCGUGCCGGAGUCGUUCUCGGCUGCCAUCCGACGCGCCCCUGCCCAGCGACGUCAACAUGUGCCGAUAUAUCCCCGUGGACACCCUCAAGGGCCGCGCCCCCCGCCCCAGCCCCUCCCUCCCCCGCCUUUUCUCAUUCUGGCGACACGUAUGCGGGUAACUAACGCUUGUCUGUACGCACCUGGACGGACACACGCACAUGCAUAUGCCUGUCCAACGUUUGUAUGCAUGGCAUGCAGAGACGUCUUCGUCAUCGAGUCGGUGGAGAGAGUCGACCAGGGCCACAUGCGCCGUGUCGAGUGCUUGCGGCUCGCCGAUGGCUGGGAGGAGGCGCUGACACGCAGGUCCCUCCAGGAGAGGGGGGCCUCUGCCGUUCCUGCCGCUGCUGGUUCUGAUGGUGCUGGUAGUGGCGUGAGGGACGACCCGAACGAGGCCCUGAGACGCCACCAUGCGUAUGAGCGUGCGAAGGAGACAUGGCUGCUGCGGCUGCUGCAGUGCCUGCUCGACCUCGAUUGGUCGCCUUCCUUCUCCCCGGCCGUCCCGUGUGUCACGGUAGACCCCCCGACCUGCUGGAUGCCCCACGUCGUCGAGGGGCGGCUCUGCCACGUCCGGCUGCUCAACAUCGGCGUGCUGGAGCGCAUGUGCCCCCCUCCCUCCCCCCUCCUCCCCUCUGUGAAAGCCUUUCUCGCCAUCCACCCGUUCCUCUUUCUCGUGAUGCCUAGCCGUUCCCGAGACGCCAGUGGGGACUUCUUCGCCGCCAUCCAGCCAUCGGUCCGGGCCGCAUCUGAGCUCCACUCCCUCAGCAUCCAUGCGCUGCCCCCCAGCAGCAGCAAUGACGGCCAGCUGUCACGGCCGCCGCCUGCUGGGCGUUCACGAGGUCCGUCCCGUGGGCGGUCGAGUGGCGUGGGUGCUUUGGGUAUGAGGGGCGAGACAAAUGCUGCUGGUGCCGGGGGUCCUGGGGUGAGAGGGGAGGAGAGGGAGGGUGCCAUGUCGGUAGUGAGGUCGGAGAGCAAGACACCGGAUGUCGCCAUGGGGGUUGAGGCCACAGCGGCCCAGGGGGGCGAUGGCGCCGCGGUGCUUAGACGGAGGGAGCUGAAUGAGUCGAGGAAAGAGCUGAAGGUGAGCAAGACAAGGAGGAAAGGCCUGUUUGCGAUCCACUCACCGUCCCUUCCUCCUUCAUGUCUCACUUAAUUAAUGCGGGUAGGCUCGUGUGGCUGCCCUGAAGGAGUCGAUCGAAGACACGCAGAAGCGGCUGACCCACCUGCGAUCUGACGAGUAUCUGCGCUCUGCCAAGGAUGCCUUCAAGAAGGAGCUUCGCCAGCAGCUGGCGGAGACAAGAAAAAAUGCCAAGUAACCACGCACAUCACAUGAAAGCCGGUGCGGGUCAUGGCAUGACACACACACUGGUUUUGCCCGUCAGUCCCGAGUUUUCGAGACGCAAGGCUGAGGCGGCGGAGCUAGCGGCGUUUCUGAACUCACGGCUGCCUUCCCUGCAGGCGUGGCUCAAGUGCCAGCAGUGCAGCAAGGAGCAGGUGACUAACACAGGGACACAACAACCACUGCCAUGCACACCGAGGUCCCAUUUUGGCCUGCCCCACGGUGUCUCAGAGUUCUGUCUGUGUGAGCCCCUGGUGGGAAAGGAGCAAAAGAGGAAGGAGGAGUGAUGGCCUGCACUUGUUUUUCUUCCAGUGAAUGGCGGCUGUGUCGCGAUGUAUGUGUGGUCUUGUUCAGUGGCCACCGUCUGUGCGAGGCGUGCUGCCCCGACUCCUAUGACGACUCCCCAAACUGUUCCGUCUGCAGCACCUCCCUCACCCAGAUUGUCGCCAUGCAGCUCCCUUCCCACCCCACAAACCACACACACACAUCACCACCCCCAGCAGCACCCGGCAAGAGGCCCCGUGAUGACGAUGGUUCGGUGGAUGGAGAGGGGGAGGGGGAGGGGGAGGGAGAGGGGGACGGAGAGGGGGAGGGAGACGAGUCGUCGGCAGCAGCUGCUGCUGGAGAGGUGGUCAUCAAUCGUGGGAGGGGCGGGGCCAGGCGGAGGAUACAGACGACUGUGCGAAACAAAGCGACUGGGGAGACUAUGUCCUUCACAUCACGCGUGAGUGAGACCGAGACACAGUACAGCAGACAUGCCUGACCUCUGUAUACAGCAUGUCAUGUGUGUAUGUGUUUGUGUUUGGCAGCUGCAAGCCACGCAGUACUUCGCGUCUCGCGACGAGUCGGGCCGGACGGCCAACGCCCUCUACACGAAUGUUGCUCAGAAGCGCGACUUCAGCACCACAGAGCCAGAUGGCACCAAAGCUCAGUGGGAGGUGCUGUGAAUGAAUGAGGAGAGAAGAGAACCGUUGAUGAUAAUAUGAUCACAUUAGCUAGCUAAUGGGGGAGGUGUGGGGGAAAUGUGCGUGUAGGAUGGAC